AUGGCCCCAAUUACGCCUUCUUCGCUUCCUCCGCUCCGAUCUCUGGCCAAAUUCUCCCCGGAAGAGAUCUCGCGAGAGAUUCAAAAAAUAUGCGAACUAUACUGGCCUUCGACUCCCCCUCUUCUAACCGGCCUCUCAAUCACCAAACGAAAACCGCACCGCCCACCAUUUGGCGAGUUCACGAUUCCCGACUCGGGUUAUGCCUCCGCAGUGGUUUCCGACGACGAAAGCGAUGAGGAGGACGGUCACUCGGAGUCGUCGGACGUUAUAGAUGGGCUUCGCGCUGACCCCUUUGAACGCACGUUUGCUGUCCAGUGGUUGACGGGUUUCAUCCGGCGCAUCGACGAUCUUUUUUUGGAUGAAGAUCCACGUGAGCAUUUGCUUGACCAGGCGUCUGCUCUCCUUGCACGGUUCACCCAUCAAGAUGAUGCCGAGGAGCCAGAUAUUACUCGAGUAUUCACCUUUCCUGUCGCCAACGGAUCGUCACUCCAAAUCGAGCUCAAUGACGCAGCGCUUUCGAGCUCAGAUCACACUUCAGUAGGCCUCCAAAGCUGGGGUAGUGCAAUCGUAUUUGCGGAGCGACUAUGUGCGGAUCCUACCUCAUUCGGGCUAAUCGACACUGAGCUACGGGUGCUUGAACUCGGUGCGGGUACUGGUUUGCUGAGCAUUGCUGCUGCAAAGCUACUUCCUCGAGCACUGGUUGUAGCAACCGACUACCAUCCUGCAAUCCUUGCCAACCUUGCCAGCAAUGUCCGUACCAACUCGGAGCGGAUUCGUGUGGCUGCUUUGGACUGGUCAAAACCAUCGUAUGACCCACCCCUCGACCAAGUCUUCGAUGUCAUCCUUGCAGCCGACGUCGUCUAUCACCCAGAUCAUGCUCGCUGGCUUCGCGCUUGUGUGACGCGUUUGCUCAGUCCUCAAGGCAGAUUCCAUCUCAUCGUCCCUGUGCGAACUUCUGGGCGACAUGAAGGCGUGGAUCGCACAAUCGAUGAAGUUUUUGGAAAUAGUCGCGUGCCGGUUGAUGUCAUCGAAUCAGGACAUCGACUGGCCAUACUGGAGGCGACGGAGGUGGGUAGACAAGGUGGUGGCGUUGGUCGAGCAGACGAAUCUGGGUAUAGAUUGUUCAAUAUUGGAUGGGUCCCUUGUUCGAUUUAA